ACCCUAUUCUCUCCCAUCUGCGCACCGCAAUUGUCCCUGAAUCUCAAGAAAAAGCAAAUAUUAGAAUCAGUAAGAAUUAUGUUCCAAACAGCAUCCGCCAAGAAGCCAGUUGAUAUGAUGAUGACGAUGAAUAGUACCUCUCAUCGCCAUCCCAAUAUGUGUGUAGUUCAGCCUGACUCGGGCGGCCUUGUCCUCACCACCGACCCCAAACCCCGCCUCAGAUGGACUGUUGAGCUCCACCAACGCUUUGUAGAUGCCGUCACCCAACUCGGUGGCCCCGACAAGGCAACGCCCAAGACUAUUAUGAGAGUUAUGGGGGUAAAGGGUCUCACCCUUUACCAUCUCAAGAGCCAUCUUCAGAAAUUUCGGCUUGGAAAGCAGCCGCACAAAGAUUUCAAUGACCAUUCAAUGAAAGAUGGUGAGAGAGCGCCUUUUGAGCUUCAACGAAAGAAUGCAUCAGCAUCCGGAAUGCUCGGCCCUAGCAUGAACGAUAAUGUUCACAUAACUGAUGCAAUUAGGAUGCAAAUGGAGGUCAACCGAAGGCUCCAUGAGCAACUCGAGGUUCAGAGACACCUUCAACUCAGAAUCGAGGCCCACGGAAAAUACAUGCAAACAAUCCUCGAGAAGGCCUGCCAAACACUUGCUGGCGAGGGAAUGGCCGAUUUCAACAAAGCCCACGGGCCCGAUAUCUCGGUCAUGAACCGUGAAGUUGGGCCCGCCAUAAGUUUCCCAUCCAUCCAUGACCUCAACACAUACGGAGUCACCAUGCAAAAAUCAUCGUCACUCGAUAAUAACAGUACUAAUAAUUUCUUGACCAGAAAAAGGCCCAACCCAUACACCAACACUACAAAUAGUAGCAUCACUGGCAAAAGCCCCAUGAUUUGGGCCGACGAUUCAAGCUUUGAAGACCACAAAAUCCAGAUUGGGCCUUUAUCGGUCGAAACUGGGCCUAGCGAUCAUAUUAUUGGGUCGAUUUCAGAUCACAUUUUCGAGUCGAAGCCUAUAGUAAACUUGUCGGGAGAUGAUUUGAUUAGGGACGAUAAGAAGUUUGUUGUUUCUCCUCGUCGGACGGCUAUCAGCAUGCCGCAAGGGAGGAGCUCGACUUUCGGGUGAUUAUGUUAACUUUAUGAAUAUAUUUACUAUGUUGGAAAAUUUUCAAUCACAUUUUUCUUUUUCUUUUUAUUAUGGAUAUGGAAUACUUUGUUGUGGAUCGGUAUAAUUGAUCUUAGCAUGGUUUUUAAUUCAUUAGAUUUUUGUUAGCAUUGUGUUACUGAUUAAUGUGCAUGCAUGCA